AGCUGUGAUUGGUCACAGUGGUCACAUAUACAGACUGGGCCAAUCACAGCUCAUCUGUAGCAUGUGAUCAGCAGUGGUCAAUAACAACUGAUUACAACAAGAACUACUGAAUUAAUCACAUGUGACCUCUGUGAUCAUUCACAGAUUUCACAAGUAGUAAGCAAUGAUGUCAGGAAGUGACAUCUUGUUUACUACUAUUCAUCUGAUCACUGAUUGGCCAAUCAGAGGUCCUGUACACAGUGGGCACCAGAUCAUGGUGCCACGUGCUCCCAGGGAGUGCGCACAGGCAGCGAAUGCAGGUGACGUU